CUCUCCCACUGCUCACGAGUGGGGCCUGACUGGGGACUGGUGCCUCAGAGGUGCCCGCUUCUCCGUGGUAGGACUCUGAAGAUGUCCAAUAGCAACACGACGCAGGAGGCUCUGGAAAUAAUGAAAGAGUCAGAAAAAAAGGUGGUGGAAGAAUCUGUGAACAAAACCAAAUUUGUAUCCAGGUCGCCAAGCAAGGAGGAGGCGGAAAAGGAUGGUGGGGAGGAGAUAAAUGUGCGUCAGGAAUCUCAGAGACGAAGUUCAAGUCAUGGACACGCUAGAAAAAGAGCCAAGUCUAAUUCAAAGCUUAAACUGGUCAGGAGUUUGGCUGUGUGUGAAGAAUCAUCUAGCCCCUUCGUAGAUGGACUGCUGGAGUCUCAGGACAUCAUUCAGUUGCACAUUAGCUGUCCUUCUGACAAGGAAGAGGAGAAAUCCAUGAAGGAUGGGGCUGAAAAAGAAGAAAAAGACAAGAAUAAAGAAAAAGCACCAAGGAAGAUGCUGUCUCGAGAUUCCAGCCAGGAAUAUACAGACUCCACUGGAAUAGAUUUGCAUGAAUUUUUAGUAAAUACACUGAAAAAAAACCCAAGGGAUAGAAUGAUGCUGCUAAAGUUAGAACAGGAGAUUCUGGAAUUUAUUAGUGAUAACAACAAUCAGUUUAAGAAGUUCCCUCAGAUGACCUCAUAUCACAGGAUGCUGCUGCACCGGGUAGCUGCCUACUUCGGCAUGGACCAUAACGUCGAUCAAACCGGGAAAGCCGUCAUCAUCAACAAGACCAGUAACACCCGAAUCCCUGAGCAGAGAUUCUCUGAGCACAUCAAAGAUGAGAAGAAUGCAGAAUUCCCACAGAGAUUCAUCCUAAAACGGGAUGAUACCAGCAUGGACCGGGAUGAUAAUCAGAUGAGACUCCCCUUGCAGGAUGGGAGGAGGAGCAAAUCUAUAGAAGAGCGAGAGGAAGAGUAUCAGCGGGUCAGGGAGCGGAUAUUUGCACGAGAGACUGGCCAGAAUGGAUAUCUCACUGACAGCAGACUCUCCAAAGAAGGCUUUUCUUCUAGUUCUCACAAACGGAGGCAGAUUUUUAGGGGCAACCGGGACAGUUUGCACCGGGCCUCGGGCAGCCGUCAGAGCAGCACCGAGAGCGACAUCAAGUCGCUGGAGCCGCGGCCCUGGAGCAGCACAGACUCCGACGGCUCCAUCCGCAGCCUGCGACCCCCCGUCACCAAAGCCAGCAGCUUCAGCGGCAUCUCCAUCCUGACACGGGGGGACAGCAUUGGGAGCAGCAAGGGCAGCGCUGCCAGCAGAACGUCCCGGGCAGGUCUGGUCCUCGGUGCCCCCGAUGCCUGCAGCCAGUCGCCGUCUUCGCAGCCCAGCCGGGGCCUCCUGCCCUGCGCCGCCCAGCAGCCUCAACCGCAGUCACCGCAGCAGCCUCCACCGCAGACGCAAGGGCUGCCCCCCACGGCCCAGCAACAGCCAGCCAUGAGCAACCACAUGAUGUCGCAGCCGGUCCCAGCGCUGCAGCCUGUUCAAUAUUCUCCAAGCUCCUGCCCCCAAGUCCUCUUGCCAGUCUCUCCACCCCAGCAGUACAACAUGGGUGAUGAACUCAGCAACCCCUUCGGGCAGAUCAGCCUCAGUCGGCAAGGCUCGGCAGAAGCACCGGAUCCUUCCUCGGCCAUGUUCCAGUCGUCCCUCAUCUCCCAGCACCCGCAGCAGACGGGAUUCCUCAUGACGUCUCCUGGGCAGCCCAUUUCCACCUCCAACUACUCGGCCUCGGGGCACACGCCCCCCACACAGCAGGUGCUGCAGCCCCAGAGCUACAUUCAGCCUCCCCAGCAAAUUCAGGUUUCUUACUACCCUCCCGGGCAGUACCCGAACUCCAGCCAGCAAUACCGAUCUCUCAGUCACCCAGUGGCCUACAGCUCCCAGCGCACCCAGCAGCUCCCCCAGCAAUCCCAGCAGCCUGGUUUACAGCCAAUGAUGUCCAACCAGCAGCAAACCUACCAAGGUGUCAUGGGGGUGCAACAGGCGCAGCCCCCCGGCCUCCUCGGCAGCCAGAGGAGCAGCAUGGGGAGCCAGAUGCAAGGCCUAAUGGUCCAGUACACUCCACUGCCUUCGUACCAGGUCCCCGUGGCCAACGAGUCGCAGAACGUGGUCCAGCAGCCCUUCCAGCAGCCAGUGCUUGUCCCGGCCAGCCAGUCCGUUCAGGGGGGGCUCCAAGCUGGAGGGGUUCCCAUCUACUACAGCGUCAUCCCAACUGCCCAGCAGAACGGCACCAGCCCUUCCGUGGGGUUCCUUCAGCCUCCUGGCUCUGAGCAGUAUCAGAUGCCACAGUCGCCCUCGCCCUGCAGCCCGCCGCAGAUGCAGCAGCAGUAUUCAGGGGUGUCUCCGUCAGGCCCUGGUGUGGUUGUGAUGCAGCUGAAUGUACCCAACGGCCCCCAGCCCCCCCAGAACCCCCCCGUGGUGCAGUGGAGCCACUGUAAGUACUACAGCCUGGACCAGCGGGGCCAGAAGCCGGGAGACCUCUACAACCCAGAGAGCAGCGCUCAGGCCGGCGCCCAGCUCACCAGCCCCAUCAGCUCCCCGACGCAGUCCCCGACGCCGUCUCCUGUCACCAACCUCAACAGCGUCUGCACGGGGCUGAGCCCCCUCCCGGUGCUCACGCAGUUCCCCCGGCCCAUGGGGCCAGCACAAGGUGACGGGCGUUACUCGCUGCUGGGCCAGCCCCUGCAGUACAAUCUGUCCAUCUGCCCCCCGCCCCUGCUCCACAACCAGCCCAACUACAGCGCACACCAGGGGCAAACUGGAAUGAAACAUGGAAACCGGGGCAAGAGACAGGCCCUCAAGUCGGCGUCCACUGACCUCGGGACCAGCGACGUAGUGCUGGGCCGCGUGCUGGAGGUGACGGACCUGCCCGAGGGCAUCACGCGCACCGAGGCCGACAAGCUCUUCACCCAGCUCGCCCUGGCGGGCGCCAAAAUCCAGUGGCUCAAAGAGACUCAGGGGCGGCGCGGGGACGGGGACGGCAGCGGCCCUGCGGAGAACGGCCGGCACCCCGACCUCGCUGCCUUAUACACCGUGGUGGCCGUGUUCCCCAGCCCGCUGGCCGCCCAGAACGCCUCCCUGCGCCUCAACAACUCGCUCAGCCGCUUCAAGCUGCGCGUGGCCAAAAAGAACUACGACCUGCGGGUGCUGGAGCGCGCCAGCUCGCAGUAGGGCUCGCCUGGGCCCCGAGCACACUGGACUGCGGGCGCUUCCGUCUCUCUUCCUUCCCGCCCUUCCUUCCUCUCACCCUCCUUCCCUGGAUAUAUUUAUAUGGACAUAAUUAAGAGACAAAGAAAUUGAUUUUUUUUU